CCCUCAUUGGCGGCCCCGUUGGCGCCGGGGCUCGGGGCGGGGAGGGAGCGGCUCCCCCGCACCGCCGCGGCUGCUGCCGGCACCGGCCAUGUGCCGAGAGAUGAUGCCCGCUGCCGGCUCGGCUCUCUGAGCUGACGUCGGCCUGAGCUCUUGUUUAUCUUUCACUUUAUUUAUUCCUCUCCUCCCCCCCCUUUCCCUUCAAAUCACUGUUAUUAUUAUUAUUAAUUUAAUUUAUUAAUUAUUUUCAUUCAUUUAUUUCUACUCUUCUCCUUUUUUUUUUUUUUUUAUUUUUUAAAAUUUUUAAUUUUAUUUAUUUAUUUAUUUAUUUUAUUCCCGCAUUGAUGCGCUCCGAGCCGGAGACUUCAGGAGUCGACGCGAUCCUCACCUGAGAGAUCCGGCACCAUUCCCCCGCUUGAAGGGUCAAGGGAGGAGCCAAACUGCUGUGGAUGUGUCUACUGCUGCCUGCGUUCCUCAUUGCGGGGUUCUUGCAUACCUUCCCUGAGACCACAGCAGAGCUGCAAAGCACUUCCUUUUACCAAGGCUGUUAAUGGAGAAGAGGGCGAAUGACAGCCGGGACUGUGGUCAUCACAGGUGGAAUAUUAGCAACUGUCAUUUUACUUUGUAUCAUCGCUGUCCUCUGCUACUGUAGGCUCCAGUACUACUGCUGCAAGAAGGAUGAAUCCGAGGAGGAUGAGGAGGAGCCCGACUUUGCCGUGCACUCCCACAUCCCUCCGCUCCACUGCAACCGCAACGUAGUGCUGACCAACGGGCCAUCCCUCUACAGCUCCUCACCCUUCAGCAAGAAGGCAACUCCAAACCGAAGCGGCUGUCCGGGCUGUGGGCAGUAUGAGCCACCGACCUUCUUCCUCCAAGAGCCCCCGGAGGAGCUGCAUAACGGAGGGGACCGAGUCAGUUUCCAGACCGUCAGCCAAGAGGAGCUCGACCUGCCGGUGAGUGUGGGCAACCUGCAGGCGCUCAACCCCAACCGGCUGUCGGCCAUGCGUGAAGCCUUCUCCCGCAGCCGCAGCAUCAGCACCGACGUGUGAGCCCGGCACCGCAUGGAGGACUUCUUAUAUAUAAAUCCACGAUAGUGUUUUGAAAUAAUAUUAAAACAAAAAAGCAGGAGGGAGGGUGGGGUGGGGGGGGGAGGAAGGAGUUGAAUGUAUUGCUGCAUAGGCAGAGGUGAGCUAAACUUCAGUAUAAAGGUUAGCAAGAAUUAAAAGGGGGGGAAGUGGGGGUGGGUUGGUGGGCAGCCGGGACAUGAGGUUUUUCUAGUGCUGCAUUGCAUUUUCUUUUCUUCUUUUCUUUUAUAAAGAGGAUUUUGAUAUUGUGCAUCCUUUUAUACAGUGUCAAUGCCCGUCCUCCACGUGCAGCUGGUGGGCAGAGUGGUAAGCAAGUGAUGGGAGGCUGCUAAGCAGCUUGAGCUGCAAGGCUGCUGUGCUGUAGGGAUAUGUGGCACCUUGGCCCUGCUGUGCAAAUGCACACAGCCAGCACAGUCCCCUGGCAAAGCUGGGCUGCUGCUGCCCAUCCUUCUGCCACUGCUCCAUGUUGCAGCCAUGCACAUCCCAUCCCCAUCCUGCACCCUCUCUCUCCUCCCAUUUGCUGUUUUCCCCCUGGGUCCCAAUGGGGCAGGAGCAGUGGGCUCAGACCUGCAGCUGGGUUAUCAAUCAAGUUACUUAAGGCAAGGAGGGAGGAAUGAUUCCAGAUGGAGGAACGCACCCACAGCUGCCCUCUCCAAAUAAUGAGCCUCCCCUCUCCAAAUGAUGCCAUAUGCUACUUCUAAUCUAGGGAGCUGAGUGCUGGCAGAGUGAGAGUGCACCCAUGUGUGUGCACACACGCCCCUGCAUGCACAUUUCUACUUUAAUUCUGAAGAUUACCAUAAGAUUUACUUCCCAUUAUUAUUAUUUCUUUCAAAUAGAAGCACCCACAGCUCUUCUUGCCCAGCCAGGGACGUGGCAGAACACUGAGCUCCCUCCUUGCUGUCUCCUGUGUACAAUUUCUCUUGCACAACACCCUCUUGCCCCAGGAUGGGCAUUAUUCAGGUUAAAAGCAUCAGCCUGUGUUGGGGCAGCGCUUGCUGCUGCAGAGGAGGGAUGGCUACAAAUAGACCCUAACAGCCUCAGUGCUGUGCUUGGGGUCAGGCUUUGUUUUUAGAGAUGCAAUGAGAAGGAAGUGCCGCUGUUCCAUAGCCCACAGCAUACACACAGUGUGUGCAGCCCAUCUGGAGACGUUGCUUCAUCCACAAGAGCUCUUAAUCCCCUAGGAAACCUUGAAAAGCACAAGUCAGCCUCUGCAAUCCAGUACUUUGAUAGUUUGGGGCUUCUGUAGGGGAUUGGGGGCUUGGGUUUGGCCACAUUGGACUGCAGCACCCGCUGCAGGCAGCAGGACCAUGGCUGUACAGCACUCACAGCAGCUUGUUUGAAUGCAUUCAGCCUUUGAGUUCUUCACCCUUCUCGUGAACAUCUUGUUCCAGCUUUCUCCUAUUUCUUCUUCUAUUUUGGGGGGUGGGGGGGGGUUCCUUCUGGUGUAGCUUGGAAAAUAAGCAAGUGAUUGAUAUUCUUUAACCUUCACUUGUCAAACUGUUGUACAGGACUUGGGGAAUCAUUGAAGAAGAAAAAGAAUAAGCAAAAAAAAAAAAAAUAAAUAAACUACUUUGA